GGGGCGCGGAACCAGGACGGCGGGGUCCGCGCGCUGCUCUUGCUGCUGGCCGAGCGCUUCCCGCGCCGCGCGGGGCCCGGAGGAUGGGGAUCCCGGACCGCGGGCGAGCGGCUGCGACGCGACGACCCUCCGCUGUCCAUUGACCUCACUUUCCACCUGCUGCGGACCCUGCUGGAACUGGCGCGGACGCAGAGCCAGCGGGAGCGCGCCGAGCAGAACCGCAUCAUAUUCGAGUCCGUGGGCAAGUGAUCUUCGGGGGGGUCCGCGGCCACAAGAACCUCGACCCCCGUCCCCCACUACCCCCGGGCCGGGACGUGCGCGACUGGAACUGACCCAGUCCCGCCGGGCUAUAAUAGUGGCCCAGGGAUGCCCUGAGCGCUCUGUGCGUCACCGGUUUUUAAUAAAAGUGCUGAAGAGCC